UUGGGUCUAUUUUUUUCUUUAUCCACAGAUAGGAAAUAAUACCCUCAUUUUUAAAUGCUGAACUUUCAAUAACAUACAUUCUAAUCUAAAACUAAACUGUGAGCUGCCAUACAGUUGCUCAUAUACAAUCAUAAUAUUAUUUUCGUGAAUGAACCACCAGAUGGCAGUGUUUGCCAACAUAUUCAUUUUCAUUUGGAAUCUUUCACUGACUUAAGUGUAUGAAAGCCAUUUUCAGACAAAACCGAAUGAGAUGGGAACAGGAUCCUUUGUCUUUGAUGGAACUAUAAAAUUCAACACAAUAAGAGUGUUGGCCAAGACAAAACAGAAAUAAUUUUCAUUCUGAAGCCUUGUAUAUAGAAGAUUUUAGCCUGGAAGAAGUAGGACCAUGGAAGGUUGCUUGAAAAACAGCCCAGGUCUGUAUCUCUUGGUUUUGAUCUCUGUGUCUAGAGUAAUAUGUAUUUCUAUUCAUUAUUCUGUGCCUGAAGAGAAGAAGACUGGGUUCCUGGUGGCAAAUGUGCUCAAGGAUUUGAAACUGGGAAAUGAAGAGCUCUCUGCUCGCAGAGCUCAGCUUGUGUCUAAAAGCUCUAAGCAAUAUUUCCAUCUUGAUACACACUCCGGGAAUCUGCUGAUAAAAGACAAAGUCGAUAGAGAAGCUUUGUGUGGCCAGGUUGAACCAUGCUUACUACUGUCAGAAAUUGUGUUGGAAGACCCACUACAGUUCUACAGCAUUGAAAUAAAGAUAGAAGAUGUGAAUGAUAAUGCUCCAAGGUUCUCUAAAGAUGAAUUUGCACUUGAAAUCCCAGAGAAUGUUCCCAUCAAUACCUUAUUGCCUUUGGAAUCUGCUCAAGAUAUAGAUUUGGGUAGAAAUAGUGUCCAGAAUUACACCCUUAGUCCCAAUGAACACUUCCAGUUGGAAGUAGAAGAGGAUAAUAGCCAACGCAAAUAUUUGAACCUUCGUUUGGUGAACCCUUUAGACAGGGAGAAACAAGAAGAGUUUGAGCUCAUUCUUACAGCUGUGGAUGGAGGGAAACCACAGAAAACAAGCACGGUUCAGAUUAAUGUGAGCAUUCUAGACAUAAAUGAUAACUUUCCCCAGUUUUCUCAGACUGAAUACAAAGUUACAUUAAAAGAAAACAGCCCUCGGGGUACUUUAGUCACCAGAGUGAAAGCUGUAGAUACAGAUUUUGGAUCAAAUGCAAAGAUCACCUACUCCUUCCAUCAGGUGAGUGAAAAAACACAGAACUUGUUUCGUUUGGAUAAAGAUACAGGAGUAAUCACCGUAUGGGAAGAAAUUGAUUAUGAAAAAGAAAACAGUUACGAUAUGAACAUCAAAGCAACUGAUGGAGGGGGUCUUUCUGGGCUCUGCAAGGUCCUGGUGGAAGUUGAGGAUAUGAAUGACAAUGCCCCAGAAAUUUCUGUCUUAUCCCUGAAGAACAUCAUACGAGAAGAUUCUGCUCUGAAUUCAGUAGUUUCUCUCUUCAGUGUCACUGACCGAGACUCUGGAGACAAUGGCAAAUCAAUUUGCUCUGUAGAGAUGAACCUCCCAUUUGCAUUAACAAUGGCCAUGAAUAACUACUACCAGCUUGUCAUCCAAAGUCCUCUAGAUAGAGAGAAAAUCACAGAGUAUAAUGUCACUAUCACAGCCAUGGAUCGGGGCUCUCCUAGGCUCACCUCAUCAAGAAUAAUACACGUGCAAAUCUCUGAUGUCAAUGACAACUCCCCAACAUUUGACAAGCCUUUAUUUGAAAUGAAGAUAAGAGAAAAUAAUAUCCCAGGAAUGCUGAUUGGCUCAGUCCAUGCUAUUGAUCUGGACACAGAGCAGAAUGCCAAACUGAUCUACUCACUUUUGCCUGAGAAGAUUCAUGAUGACUUUGUAGCAUCUUUCAUUUCCAUCAACACUGAAACUGGAAAUAUUUAUGCCCUCAGAUCUCUGGACUACGAACUUAUAAAAGAUCUUAAAGCCACAGUGAGGGCAACUGAUGGUGGUAUUCCUUCCCUGAGCUCUGAUGUUACUGUUCAUAUCACUGUCAUAGACGAAAAUGACAAUGCUCCCUUCUUCCUGUAUCCCCUUCAGAACAGCACAUCAUCCUGUAAUGAACUACUUCCCAAAACGGCAGAAUCCGGAUAUUUGGUCACCAAAGUUGUGGCCGUGGAUGGAGAUUCUGGUCAGAACUCUUGGCUUUCUUAUGAAAUUCUGAAGGCCACAGACCCUGGUCUUUUCAGCAUAGGAGCCCAGAAUGGAGAAGUGAAAACUAGGAGACCAGUGAUCGAGCGUGACACCAACAAACAGAGGCUUGUUAUUGCAGUCAGAGACAAUGGUGUCCCUCCUCAGACCAGCACUGCAAUGCUCAAUGUUCUUCUGGUGGAUGGCUUUUCUGACCCUUACCUGAAGGUGGUGGAUGUCCGUCAGCAGGACCCUGAAGAUCAGGAAACCUUGACUCUGUACUUGAUAAUCUGCCUGGCAUCUGUCUCUUUUGUUUUUCUACUGUUCAUUGUUUCCUUUGUUGGAAUCAAGAUGUGCAAGAAAGACCAUGGCAGCAGUUUUAUUGUUGCUCCUCCUCACUUUCCACCUAUCAUUCCAGAGAACUGUACUGAUUCCCAGAGUGGAUCACUUUCCAGGAAUUAUCCAUAUGAUGUGUGUUUAACCAAUGGAACCCUGAGCAGUGAGUUCAGAUUUCUUCGGCCUCUCAUUCCUGUUUUUUCUGUGCCAGACCCAAACGGUCUUGCGCCUUCUGGUUCCCAAGGAAUUCCUGAGCUGCUUGAUAACAAAGAAUCAAAAGAUGGGGUCCAAGCUUCUCUCUCUGAAGACGCAGCGCCCAGAUCAGGAGGCCCAAGUUGCGCAGUUAAUCAAGCCAUAGGUGCAAAUGUAAACUCAGGCCAAAAUGACUGGCUUUCCUAUCAGUAGAAGAGGAUAAUCCACUCAGCCCAUCGUCUUUUCUCUGCAGGAAGGGGAAAAAAGGGUCAAGAGACAAAGAUUCAGGCAGCCAGAGGACAUGGGUCCUCUUCCUUAAAACGAAAGACAUCAAGCAUGAAGACUUGAAAAUGCUUUUGUUUGAGCCAAAUUGAAAUGAACAGGAGUGCCCUCGUGGUGCUCCCUUUUAUUUCAAUUGGGUCUGUGUAAGAGAAUUUAGAAAUGAAUUGUGCCCAUACACUUCCCAGGUAUAUAACUGCUUAAUUAUUUAUGUUCUAUAAGAUUUUGCAAUAGACUACUGUUUUUUCUGGCUAGCUUUUAAAGAAAUAUAGGAGACCCUAUUGCAUGCUUUUUGCUGUUGUGAUUCAACCUUUGUUUAUAAUCAUUAGACUUUCUUUCUGCUCUUCUCAAAAUAUUUUCAGUGGCUUAUACCAACCUUUCAGGAGUUCUAGUCAUUGAUUUUUCUCAUAUAGAGUAUUUUAAAGCAGCUGUUAUUCAUGAAUUCCUAGCAAAACAACUGAAUGAAUACACUUAAUGAUAAAAUGAAGAAAAUGGUGGACACCAUCCAGAAGGAAAUUGAAAGAAAUGGCAGUUUCAUAAAAGAAGAGUAAUUCUAUUCAUUUCAGUUCCAAGUGGAAAUUUUAUUUAUCAGAAAACUGUACUGUUUAUUUCCUAGUUGUAUUUUAAACUAUCUGUGCACUUGCCUGUCUGAAUGCUUAAAUCUACCACUUUUUGUAAAGAUAUUUGUUCUGGUAACUUUCCUUGUGUUCACGUGUCCGAACAUGCAUACCACGUUGCCUGAGAUUUCAGGGCCCAAACAUUAACUUUGUUGUGCUUAUGAUGGCACAGGGGCAGGACUUCUGAUGUUAUGGGAGAGGGGGCAGCAAAUGUUGGCAGAUAAGCCAAAACUUAUUCUGCUUCAGCUCAUUAUGGUAAAAUGCAUGAAGGCAAUUGGGCUGAGUGGAAUCAAAAAUAAGAUAAACCCUACCAAACAGGUAAUGGGAAUAUCAAACUCAGGAGGAAGAAUAAUUGGACCAAGAUCCUACAUCAGGAGAUAUAACUACAGAACCUUCGCUUUAUCCCUGUAGCCACAACUUCCGAUGACUGCCCCCUUACCCAAAAACAUCCACCUUACAAGUAGUGCAUCUUGUCCCAAUAUGACCAUUUCUGUGCUGCUAAAAAGGCAAGGAGGCACAACACUGCUUCAGAGAUAUGUUUCGGGAGACCUUUUGUUAUUGUGUGAUCAGAAGAGAUAUAUGACCUAUGCACUGGCCAUUAAAAUGAAUUGCAGUUGUGUGAGUCACUCUUUCAGCACUGCAAUUCAUGAAUAGCAUGCCAACCCAGGUAUUUUUGGUAGGUAGAAUAAUACGUCUAGUAUCUGCAGUAGUUGCAAGUACUCUCACUAGGGCUCGCAGUCCAUGUGGCCUUAACCUACAGGGAAUCUUCUGAACACGGUUUUUUGAGGGGCCCUGUGCAGCUGCUGAAACUUAUAGAUGGCUCACCACCAGCAGUCAAGAGUUUUUCAUCAGGUCAUGUACGGGUUCUACAACACAAAAGCUUAGGGAUUGUGACAUGUGCUCCGUUCCUCACUUUCAUUAAAUAGCAUCUUGAUCUUAAGUGCAUGCACCCACCAUCUCUUCCCUUAGUUCCUUGUCCUCAUUCCUGGGUUUUUGGCACGCCAACAUUGCACAUACAGUCCCUUCACACUAAGCAUGAGAGCCAUCUUGGAAUGGGCGGAGGUAUAUGUCCAGAGCUUAAAAUGGCCUUGCAUAUAAAAAUAAUACUUUCUCCAGUAUUAUUUGCCCGAGAUUUGUCUUUCCACCAGGAGACCUGGAGAAUUAUAGCAAUUCCUUGAGAUUUCAGGUGGUAAUGUGAGAACUGGCAACUGCAAUACGCACACUAUCUAUCUAUCUAUCUAUCUAUCUAUCUAUCUAUCUAUCUAUCUAUCUAUCUAUCUAUCUAUAUUCCCCUGAGUAAAAUACAGGUUAAGAAAUAUAUGGAAACUAAUCCUUUGAUACAAUUAGAGGAGAAUUAAACCUGCUGCAUUUGAAAAUGAUACUGUGCCCACUUAUUCAUGUUCCAAGGUGAGCAAAAAAUCAAGGGACCAUUCAGAUAAACCCAACUGUAAACCCCUAAUGAAGUGUUACUGUAAACAGUUCUUAAAAGUAGUACAGGCUCUACUAUGACUGUGUGCUUUUAAAGUUAAGUGUUUAUGCAGUUGUGUGGGCUGGAUAGAAUUUUCUGCAAACCUUUUUGCUUUGGGAAUUGUGCUAUGCUUGGACAGUGUCAAUAAUUCACAAUGAUAGAGCAUUAUGAAACCUGUUUGAUGAACAAAUAGCUAAUAGUCUUAUAGUGAAAGCAAGCUAGGUAGUAUAAGAGUGCAAUUCACAUGCAACUGGAACAAUAAUGAAAAUACACUAUUUUCUUAAAAAUGUGAAAUGCACCGAUUUCUUGUUAUGCGCUGUCUUUUUGUGUUAUGAUUAAAUAAACGGUGUAGUUUUUCAUAUUGUUUGCUAAAUUUAAUAUUGAGUUUGUAUUAUGUAUUUAAAAUAAACACAAUUUCUAAAA